AUGCGUAUCUCUCUUAGUGCUGCCCUCCUCGGCGUUGCUGCCGCUCUUCCCGGCCGAUCGGCAUCCGGCCCGCCCCCGGGCUCGCACAACGCCCCGGCCGGCCUCCCCUUUCCGGACAUUGCUGCCGUCAAGGCUGUUCCUCAGGAUAGCUUUCCUAGUUACACCACUGGCGGCCUGAAGCGCAUCUCUGCCAACCAGACCUCCGAGACGCUACACAAGCGCUGGGAAUGCAGCCGCCAGGCAACGCUUACAUGGGGCGACCACGACGACGGCGGCCACGGCGUAGCCAUUACCAACGACGGCAACGACUGGCGCGGGUUUUACAUCUACCACAACUCGUGCGACAGCGUGCCCUGGAAGUACAUCUGGAUCGAAAAGGGCAAGACGCAAUGGGUCUCGUUCCCCGCUGGCUUCGAGGGCCGUAUCCAGCGCGGCGUGGACUCGUUCAUGCUGAAUGGUAACCCACAGCCGUUGGGUACGUGGUUGGAGUUAUCGUGGGACGCGGAUGGUACGGGCUGGGUGGAUGUAUCGCUGAUUAGAGGGUGUGAUGGCGGCGCGCUGGUCUGGGACCCGAGCGAUGGGAAUAAGUGGAAGGGGUUUACGCAGUGGAUUCUGGAUGGUGCGCCGAACGGGGCGUAUGAUAUGAAGAAUGAUGGGCAGUGGGUGAUUAAGGCGACGGAGGGGGCGGGUGCGGUGGUGAAUACGGUGCCGAGGGACUGGGUGAUGCAGAAGGUUGGGGCCGAGUAUGUCUAUGUGGAUGAUGAUCAUGCGAAGCCGGUGAUUUCGACGAGGGCGGGGAGGUGGGCGACGUAUUGGCCGGAGGGGAGGGCUUAA